CCGGAUGGACUUCCUGCGCUCGGCGGAUGUUGCUGCGGAGGAUCGAGGCUCCCGUGGAGCACAGAAUUCGGCACCGGGAGGGGAAUAUGCUCCGUCUGUCCUUCCAGGGCGCCGCUGCAGGUUUCCCCGGGGAAAAGUCUUGACUCCGCCGCGUCGCCUCAGAGCGCGAACGUCCGCUGGAGGCCCCCGAGGACCAUGAUGGAGCAAAGAAGAGCCUUAACCAUCCCCUUCUCAGUGAAUAAGGAUAACCUGAUGGAAAACCCACUCAGAAUCCCCGUCACAUGUCUUUCAGCAGAGUGCGGGAAGUUAGACAGACAGGUCCCCUGGACUGCAAUUGCAGGGUGCAAACUGAGACACAGUUCACAGCACAGGAACGGAUCCACGAUGCUGGACUGCAGCCACGCAGCCAUGAUCUCCUCGGAGAUGACGAGGAGGCAGCCCCUGCUGCUGCUAACAGACGUCCUGAAGACGGAGCCGGGGAAGGCCUACAUGGAAAGGAUGAGGAAGGGUCUCCUCUCCAGGAGCAGCAGAGAGCGGAGGGGCUCUGUGCCGUCCAGCAGCGACAGGAAGUCCCAGGUGACGGAGCCCCGGAGCAACGGCAGAAAGAGCAGCACCCCGAGAGGAAGGCAGAAGACCCCCCCUCAGUCCUCCAGAAGAUCGAACCUCAGGAGAAGGCAGCAGACUGCGAGCGAUGAAGCGGACGAAGACACAGAGAACGUGAAGAACGAGGAGGCCCGAGAAGACGGAGACAAAUUCUCUGAAGUUGUAGACUGUGGGCUGUCGCUGAGGUGGGAGCCGUCUGAGGAGGCAGCCAGCCGUGACGAAUUCCCUCCAGCCGACAUCAAGGACAAGGGGACGGAGCCAGAAAGGGACGCACAGCUCAGCUCGAGGAGGAAAAGGAAAGACUCUGGACUGCAGUGCAACGGGACGAGCAGCCCCAAACGCCACCGCGGCAGCGUCCUCCGCCUCACCGGGGACGAAGGACAAGACGGGGAAGAGGCGCCUGCAGCCGUCAGUCCGCAGGAAACCCUGGAAGACGCAGAGCCGGAAGGCCAGGACGUCCUGCAGUUCACCGUGGGGGGAGACGAUCAGGCUCAGGUGCUGCUCCCCGUCAGCAGCCCCAGCGCCACGGCGGCGGCAGACGUGGUCAAGAGCCCCAGACGAGGCUCGGCGCCGAGCACGGCCGAAGCCAAGCCCUCCGAGCCCAUUGUGCUGUCCAGUGACGACGAGGAGAGUGAAAACAUUUCCCGACGCUGCAGCCAAGCGGCCAGCAGGCGCCCGGCUGUGGGAAACACGGUGAUACGGGGGCUGUCCUCGCAGAAGGCCCGCCGGACAGGCGUGUCCAACUUCCAGAACAUUGAGGUGUUGCAAGUCAUCGUACAAGACAUACCUCGCUUGGCGCCGCCUCCGCCCAUCCCGGACGACGACUACUCCCGAAUCGAGGUGGCCUUCUCCGCCCUGCACUGCGGAGGCUUUCAUGGGAAAUCCAAUGGAGACAUCAUGAUAGAAAAGCAGAGAAUCAUCAUCCCCUUGCAAGAUGCCUCUGAGCAGAUGGAGGUGGUCCUGAGCUUCAGCAGUAAGGAGCUGAGGAGAUACAGCGUUUGGGAGCAGCAUGAGCUGGAGGAGGAGGAGAUCUGCUUCCUGGACGACGAGGACCCUUACCCCCCUGCCGUGCUGCUGUUCUUCCUGUCGGACAAGGCCGCGGCCGCCGUGCAGCGCGACCUCUGCCGGCUGGGCAUCAAAAGACGUCGAGCCUCAAAGGCCGCGAAGGCCAGCCCCUUCGUCGUCCUCACGCUGUCCUGCCCCCUGGAGGGAGUCAAGGGGGCUUUACUGCGCUCCGUCCUGGACAUCGAGUGCCUCAACACCAUGGCUCAGGAGCAGGUCGCGCUGAGCCCCGCCGCCGACGUCUUCCCCGGUUUGGACGACUACCUGAGCCCGGUUCUUUCCCUGGAGGAGAGCAUUGAGCUGAUCACCAAAACCGGACUGGACCCUCACCUGCUGUCCAUGCUGUGCCUGAAGGAUCCAGAGCCUGUGCUGAAUGUAGACCGGGGCAGUUCUCAGUCCGCUUGGCACAAAAGCCCCGCGGCGCCGACUGAGCGGAAAUUCAAAUCAGCGAAAGGGUCGCAGGUGGUGGAAGUAGAUAUCUCGCAUGUACUGGAGCGAGGAACUCCCCCGGCACUGGAACGGAAAACUUCCCCACCGCAGAAACCAGAGAGUUCUUCGGUACUAGAACGGAAAACAUCCGAACCGCACAAACCGGAGAGUCCCUCAGUGCUAAAACGGAGAACUUCUGAACCGCAGAAACCAGAGAGUUCCGCUGUGCUGAAAACGAAAACUUCCCCACUUCAGAAUCCAGAGAAUUCUUCGAUACCGGAACGGAAAACAUCCGAACAUCGGAAACCGGAGACCUCCUCAGUGCUAAAACCGAACACUUCCCCACCGAAAAAACAGGAGAGUUCUUCGGUGCUAGAACUGAAAACAUGCGAACCACAAAAAACGGAGAGUUCCUCAGUGCUAAAACCGAAAACUUCUCCACUGCGGAAACCGGAGAGUUCUUUGGUACUAGAAGAGAAAACAUGCAAACUGAAAACACCGGAGAGUUCUUCAGUCCUAAAAUCAAAAACUUCCCAACUGCAGAAGCCAGAGAGUUCCUCAGUUUUAGAACAGAAAACAUCCCAACCGCAAAAACUGGAGAGUUCCUCAGAGCUAAAAUCUAAAACUUCCCCACCGCAGAAACCGGAGAAUUCCUCAGUACUGGAACCAAAAACUUCCCCACCUCAGAAACUGGAGAGUACCUCGGCACUGGAACAGAGAACUUCCCCACCGCAAGAACUCGAGAGUUCUUCAGUGCCAAAACCAAAAGCUUCCCCACCGCAGAAACCAGAGACUUCUUCAGUUCUAGAACCGGAGACUUCCUUGGUACUAGAACCAGAGACGUCCCCGGCGCUAAAACCGGACACUUACCUGUCGCCAGAACCGAAAACUUCCCCGCCGCAGGAACUGGAGGCCCCUCUGGCGCUGGAGGUUUCCCCCGCACUAAAACCAGAAGCUUCCCCAUCAGUAGAAUCGGAAACUUCUCCAUCGUCACAACCGGAAGCCUCACCGGCGCCGGAACCGGAAACCCCACCGUCGAUAGAGUCGGAAACUUCCCCAUCAGUAGAGCCAGAACGCUCCCCGGCGGUGGAACCGGAAGAAGGGACAAUGCUGAAACCAAAAGACGAUCUAGAAAACGACGGCGCUGAAGAUCCGGCAUGUCAGCAGGACGCGGCGCCGGUGUACACGCUGUGCCACCGCAGGAACAAAGGCUCCUACUCGGUGUCCAUGUGCAAACCGAACGCCAAAUGGACCAAAUACAAACAUCAGGGUCUGGCCCGCAGGUUGAUCCAGUUUCCUCCCCCGCCUCAGAAAGGCGGGAUCACCGUCACCAUGGAGGACCUGCAGUGCCUCGACAACGGACAGUUCCUCAACGACGUGAUCAUCGACUUUUACCUCAAGUACCUCCUGCAGAACGCGCCCGCCUCUGUGGCCGAGCGCACGCAUAUCUUCAGUAGCUUCUUCUACAAGCAGCUGACGAGGAGGGACAACGCCAGCGAGGGCGGCAGCAGCGAGUCCUGUCAGAGGCAGCGGCGGCACCAGCGGGUGAAGACAUGGACACGGCACGUGGACAUCUUUCAGAAGGACUUCCUCUUCGUCCCGGUCAAUCAGGAAGCUCACUGGUAUUUAGUCGUCAUCUGCUUCCCCGGGCUGGACGAGCCCCGGUUCGAGGAGCGGGCCGGUCCGGAGAGCCGGGACGAGGCGGAGGAGUCGCCGGGGCAGGAGGGAGCGGCGGGGCGGACAAGCUCCGGCGACGCCGCGGACUCGCCGCCUCCGUUGAGUUGCAGCAGCACUGCGAGCACACAGCCGGAAAAAGCUCAAGAACACGCCACCAAAGAUUUCAUACUUAGUCCAGUGAACUGCACAGAGCUGACCUGCGAGGUGAAGACGGUCUGUAAGAGGCCGUCCAUUCUCAUCAUGGAUUCCCUCAAACUCUCCCUUCACGAGCGAGUGGUCAAGCUGUUGCGGGAUUACCUGCAGUCGGAGUGGGAGGUCCGCCGUGGCUCCUCCAGGGAAUUCGGUCCGGAUCAGAUGAAGAGUUCACACUGUAAAGUCCCCCUUCAGGACAACAGCAGCGACUGCGGCCUCUACCUGCUGCAGUACGUGGAGAGUUUUCUAAAGGACCCCGUGGUGCACUUUGAGCUGCCGCUGUGCCUAGAACGCUGGUUCCCACGUCAGCAGGUGCGGAGGAAACGAGACGCCAUCCGAGACCUGAUCCUGUACCUGUACCGACUCCAGAACCUGGACCUCAGACACGUGGAGCUCCCCAGCUUUUGAGUUCGCCACAUUCCUGUAGCCAUUUAAACUGACCGCUCAUACUGAGCGACGGACAUUUCAGUGUGAAACUGAAGAUAUUUCCUAAGAUUUAGAUUGUUCCGCAUCAACGCGACGGAGCGGCGUGAACCUGUGGAUCCGGUGGAGGAGUGUCGAGGCUUCAGCUCGCUCCAGCCCACAAAGACCCGAGGCCGCUGGAAACAUGCUAAUGUCUGUCCACCCUGACACUUUUUACUCUUUUAGUCGAUUCUGAUUUUUUUAGAAAGUAUUUGCUUUUUGUAGUGAUUCUUAAGAAUCGGUCUUUUGUAUUUGUGUAAGUCGCCUGACAUUUCAUGUGUUGUGUGUGUGCGCGCUCGAGAGUUCAGAUUUCUGCCUUCUUCAGCUUCAGCUUUACGUAAUAUUUUUUUUUUUUUUUUUUUCAGAUAUAUAUUAAAUAAAUGGCACAUUUGUUCAUGGAUUGCAUAAGGAAGCAGUUUUUUUGACUCUUGUUGCUAGAAGGAAAAAAUGUUUUUGACACUGAUGCGUUGCUGCCUGCUGCUCCGUGAAGGGUCGAAGAGAAGGAGCGUCUGGUCCACGAUUCUGUGCUCGGUUCAACCCGCCUUCGUUCCAGCUUCGGCUGUUUUGGUUUCACGACGUUUGAAACUUUCAGGAAUCGCCUUUGCAGGGUGAAGCGUGCGGCAGGAAGUUGCAGGGUUUCACUCAUUAGCAUGUGUUCCUGAACUGCCGCCUCUCCUCUCCUCUCCUCAGACCCGGGUCGUCUUCUACUUUCCUUUGUUCACAUGAUUGUCAGUUUUAACCCGUCGACCGCCCUCAGAUGUCUCUUUGUUUUUUUGGAAAGUGUAUUUGAAUGUACAGUAACUGCUUCCAAAAAUUUACAGAAAUGUUCUGAUGGUGUAUUAAAGCCUGUAGGAGAAGA